UUAUUUCAACUGCAACCCUGCGGUUUGUUUAAUCGCUCUAUCGGCCAAAACACAUGCCGCCCUUUCUCAAAACCAAAACAUUAUUAUUUUCUCUGUUAAAAUAAAUAUAUAUAUUAAAAAUGAGUGGGCCGGCAGCAAAGAAGCAAAAGUUUUCACAUUUCAAGCAAAAAAAUUACUUCAAAAGUAAUAAGCGUCAGUUUUUGGAAGUGGGUCAACGCGGUUUCCUAGCCACCUGUAACUUCCGUGAAAAGGACUGUGUACGAGAAGCAUAUAACGUUCUGAACCACUAUGCCGAUGAAUUAUAUGGCCCAAAGGAUAAAGAUGUUAUCACGUCUACCACAGACAAAGAAUCAGAGCCAGAAGAUGUUGGUGAUAUAGUAGAUGACUUACAGAAAGAAAUCGACGCUACAAAGUCGACGAAGGAGAAUAAAAAUACCGUGAAACAACGUUUUCAAGUAGUGGACACAGGCGCAACCAAUUGCGUCUUCAUUCGUACUACAUUACCAGAUCCAGUGGAACUGGGCACACGCAUUAUUAGCGAUGUUGCGGAAACGCGUGAGCAGAAAUCACGCUUUUUACUGCGUCUAGUACCCGUUGAAGUGGUAUGUCGUGCCAAUUUAACAGAUAUCAAUAGCGCCGGUGGUGUACUUUUCGAUAAAUAUUUCCUGAAAGAAGGUACUACCUUUGCGAUUAUUUUCAACAAGCGCUAUAACAAUGAUGUCAAACGUGACGAUGUUAUUCAUGAUCUAGCUGCGCUGGUUCAAUCAAAGAAUAUAAAAAAUCGUGUGGAUCUCAAAAAUGCUGCAAAAACUAUAGUUGUAGAGGUAAUUAAGGGGUUAUGCUGUUUAUCCGUGCUGGAUAGUUAUUUGAAAUACAAGAAAUAUAAUUUGGUGGAAUUGGCAAAUAGCAAAGAUAAAGACCUAAAUGAAGAGAAAAACGAAAAACAAAAUGAAGCAGAUUCCCUGGAACUUUCUAAAGACAAAGACUCACAAUUGACGGAAGCUUCCGAAAGUGAUGAUAAACAAGUUGACAACAAAAGUGAACAAACCGUUAACGACGACAAAAUUGAAAAAGAAGUGCCGGCAACUGAAGAAUGAAUGAAUUUCUUACUGAUUUGUAGCGAUGUAUCAUUAAAGAUAAUUAAACUCAAUUUUAUCGAAAUAUGUUUUUUGUGGUACAUGUCGGUAAGUAAUAAACUAGAAUAGCAAUAUAUUAUAUACGUGCACCAUAUAAAUCCGAUUAAAGCAAAUAAUUGAAAUCGGUACACCUCAUAAUCAAAAUAAUCUGAAGAUAUUGUCUUUCUAAACUUAUUUAUUUAUAUAUGGCACAUGGAAAGAAGCACCAAAUAUUACAUUUUUUAUACUAAAAACAAAAUACAACAGCAACAAACCUCUUAUUUUUAGCAAUCUUUACUUAUUUUAUCAAAAAAUACAACAAAAUCAAUAUUUUUAGCAAAUUAUUUUUUAUAACAAAAAGCUCCCAAGCACUCUAUAUACACAAUAU